CGGACCAACCGGUCCAGUGAAGUGCAUCGUCCCACUGGAACACCGUAGAGCUGGAACGCGGAAGCGACCUCCGCUCACUUCGCUGCAUCCACCUGUCCACCGAACAGCCAAUCCGCCGCAUCCCUCUGUGCGCCACGUACCCCCAACCGAAAGCAACGGUCAGCGUCGGCGCCACCUGGCCGAACGCCACGUGUCCGCCUCCCGCCUCGUCGGCCGACCCAUCUUGUAUCCGAUCCCCUUCCCGUGUGUGGCUCGUUCCCUCAUCCUCGGCGCCGCUCCUCCUCCUCAUCCCCGUCCUCGUCUCCUCAAUUAUCACAGCAUAAAAUUAGAUCGAGGCAUGGAUGGCCAAUCUCCGCCGUGCCACAGCAAGAGUAAGAAGCAAGAGAUCAAAGACGGUGCGCCGCGAAGCGACCUAUGGACCGACGGUCUCAUCUGUGCAUUCGAGUUUGUCCGAUGCAACACUUGGACCAGCCCGAAUUCAUCUCGGGUGCAGUCCAUGCAGGUUAAAGACAAUUUGAACCCGAAGAAACAGGGAACGAGAUGUAGGCCGGGUAGCGUUUCCCCGGAAAAUUUGAACAAGCACAAUUCCGUUCAUUCCUUAGAUCUGCCCGUAAUUGAUGAUGAAGUUCCUCAAUCUGAGGAUUUCAAAGCAAAUUCGAAGUAUGCGACGAACUCCUCAGAGAGCCACUGGAUGCCCAUUGGAUGGACUAGGAUUUCCGAGCUUGUUCAAAUGGUCCAAACUGAUGCUACUUGGGAUUCAGAGCGUAUUGAUCUCAUUGAGGAUGGGGAUGAUUUUACAGUUGCUGAUGUGGCGGCUCCUUAUUGGGUUCGCCCGGCGGGACCUACGUGGUGGUGCCACGUAGCGGCGGGCAAUAAGUCCGUCGAUGAGUGGCUGAGUAAUGCGCAUUGGUUGCAUCCGGCCAUCAGCAUUGCUUUGAGAGACGAAAGCCGUCUUAUCAGUGAGAAGAUGAAGCAUCUAUUAUAUGAGGUCCCAGUAAGGGUUGCUGGUGGCUUAUUAUUCGAGCUCUUGGGCCAGUCGGUUGGAGAUCCAUCUCGCAAUGAAGAUGACAUACCUAUUGUGCUUCGAUCUUGGCAAGCUCAGAACUUUCUUAUAACCGCACUGCAUGUUAAAGGGUCCGCAUCGAACAUUAACGUGCUGGGAAUAACUGAAGUGCAGGAGCUUCUUUUUGCUGGCGGGAGCGCAGCCCCUAAAUCGAUCCAUGAAGUCAUAGCACAUUUAGCUUGUCGUCUUGCUCGAUGGGAUGAUAGGUUGUUCCGCAAGUAUGUAUUUGGAGCAGCAGAUGAAAUCGAGUUAAAGUUUGUAAAUAGGAGAAAUCAUGAAGAUUUGAAUCUACUCUCCACAAUAUUUAACCAGGAAAUUAGAAGAUUGGCUACUCAGGUUAUUCGAGUUAAAUGGUCACUGCAUGCAAGGGAGGAGAUCAUAUUCGAACUCCUCCGGCAUUUGAGGGGAAAUGCCACCAAAGCUAUGCUGGAAGGGAUGAAGAAAAAUACAAGGGAAAUGUUGCAGGAACAAGAGGCUGUUCGAGGCCGAUUGUUCACAAUUCAGGAUGUUAUGCAGAGCACUGUUCGUGCAUGGUUGCAGGAUAAGAGCCUGCAUAUCACUCACAACCUAACUAUCUUCGGAGGUUGCGGCCUGGUCCUUUCCAUAAUCACCGGACUGUUUGGGAUCAACGUAGAUGGAAUACCGGGGGCUGAGAAUACCCCAUACGCGUUUUCCUUAUUCACGGGGCUUCUCUUCUGUAUUGGUAUAGUGUUAAUCGUGGUCGGAAUGCUCUACUUUGGAUUGAAGAAGCCAAUCACUGAAGAGCAGGUGCAGGUGCGGAAGCUGGAGCUGCAGCAGCUGGUCUCGAUGUUCCAGCGCGAAGCCGAGAAUCAUGCUAAAGUAAGAGAAGGCGUCUCCCAGCAUCACUUGCUUCCGAGUGCCUCCGAUAUCAUCUCCGAUGCCGAGAGAGGCUAUCUCCUCAUACCUUGAUAACACAGAAGAUUCGAACAUAUAACAUAGUCCAUCUAAUGGAUAUGUUGUUUUGAGUAGUAGUUUUAGUUUCCGAGCAUAUUUAGAACUGUAAAGUUUAUUUGCAUCCGUGGGAAUGUAAAUUCCGAAUUAAAGUUGACCGAGGAUUAUUCAGUCCUAAACUAUGCUGUUCAUAGUCAUGCUUCUAAACAAUUGCUUUGCUUUGAGAAGCAGUGGUCAA